UGUUUGUCACUGCCAGUAAGUGUGUGGGGGUGUGUGUGUGUGUGUGUGUGUGUGUGUUCAUGACAAACACACACCCACACACCAGCGCCCUUUGACCUCACACCGGAGGGUAGAAAUGUCCUGCAGCGGCGUCAGAGGAGCAUUAAGAGAGAAAUCUGCAAAGAUGAAGAACGUCGUCUUCCUCGCUUUAAUAUGCGUGGCUUCAACUCUGGCUGUUCUGGACCCCCGAGGGGCCCGUCCGGUGGAGCAGGCGACCCGAUCAGAGAAAUGUUCCACAGAGAAGGAGUGGCCUUUCUGCACCGACGACCAAUGGGGCUCCAAGUGUCCCUCUGGCUGCAGGAUUCAGGGUCUGCUGGAUAAAUACGACCACAGCGCUCUGAAGAAGAUCGAGAAGAUCCGCAGCCUGCUGGACCAGAACCGGGCCAAACACCGGUCAACUGACCUGGUCUCCAAACAGACCUACAACUACCUGAAGGAGAAGCUCACCGUCGAAUCAGGAAACGAUAACAGCUACUACGACCUGGCUCAGAGUCUCCGUCAGAGAAUCACCGACAUGAAGAUCCGGAUCGACCGGCAGCUGGGAGUCCUGGCCGCCCUGAAGCAGCGCGUCAAGGACCAGGUGGACGACAUGCAGCGCCUGGAGAUCGACAUCGACAUUAAGCUGCGUUCCUGCAAAGGAUCCUGCCAAACCUACUCCAAGUUCGACGUGGACCAGGACAGCUACGUGACUCUGCAGAAACAGGUGGACCAGCUGGAUUCGCAGACGACGCAGAACAUCGAGGCGGUGGGAACGCUGUACGUGAUGAAGAGCCGCCCGCUGCAGGGCGUCAUCGUGGACAGCAUCUACAAGUCCGGACACAGCGGCCCGGUGACGGAGGCUCAGAAGAAGGAAGACAUGUUCCCCGACGUGAAGACGAUGAAUUUGAUCCUGGAGUUGGAGGGCUCCAGCUCCUCCCCUGCCACCAUCUCCAAACCCCCAGGUACUUCCUUCCCUUCGUCUUCAUCCACCUCCUCCUCCUCUUCCUCCUCCUCUUCUUCCUCCUCCAUCACCGAGCUCGGAGGACACAAUGAUUUCUUCGGCGGUGGCGGCGGCGGCGGCGGUGGCGGUGGCGGCAGCAGCAGCACCAGUACGAGCCACGUCUCACACAUCACCUGCACCAAGAGCAUCCGGAGAACCGUGGUGCAAACCAAGGACGGGCCGGUGGAGAGGGUGGAGGAAGUGAUCGAGGGAGGCCCUGAAUGCCAGACCAUGGCGACCCACAACGGUGGAUCAUCGAGCUCUCUCUUCCCCACCCUCACCCACACUUCCUCCGCCUCUUCGUCUCACACCGUCCACUCGGGCGGCACCAAGGGAAGCCUGUUAGACACCAAGGCCGGGUUCGGGAAUCCGUUCGCCGACUUUGGCGCUGACCUCGGCGGGUUCAUGACGGACCGCGGCGAUGACGACCUUCCCGAUUUCCACGCCCGCAGCGUGAAGAGCGUGCGGACGGAGCGGGAGGCCGGUUAUAUAGGAAAAGAUUGUGUCGCCGCCCACAGGAAGCACCUGAACGGAGAAACGAGCGGCCUGUUUAAGAUCAGACCCGGUGGCGCCGACUCCCCCCAGGUGGUGGAGGUUUACUGCCAGCAGGAGGGGCUAAUGGGUGGGUGGGUGUUAGUCCAGCAGCGGGAGAGCGGCGCGCUAAGCUUCAACCGAUCCUGGGCCGAAUACCGCGACGGGUUCGGCUCGGUGGACGCGGCGGGUGGUGGGGAGUUCUGGAUCGGAAACCAGAACCUCCACCUGCUGACGAAUCAGGGCGAGAACAUGCUGAAGGUGGAGCUGGAGGAUUGGGAAGGUGGGGUAGCUAGUGCGGAGUUCACGAUCAGGGUGGGUUCUGAGGGCGAAGGGUAUCCGCUUCAUGUUUCCGGGUACACAGGAGACGCCGGGGACGCGCUCACGAUGGCGAAGUCACCCCACAACGGGAUGAAGUUCAGCACCUUCGAUAAAGAUAACGAUAAGUCGGAGGGGAGCUGCGCCGAGAUGUACGGCGGAGGGUGGUGGUACAACGACUGUCAGGCGGCUAACUUAAACGGGGUUUACUAUAAAGGUGCGUACGAACCGGAGAAAACCGCUCCGUACGAGGUUGCUAACGGAGUUGUGUGGGAGACGUUUAAACCCAAAAACUACAGCCUGAAAACUAUUCAAAUGUUCAUCAGAUCGGCGGCUUUUUAAUUAGACGCUGAUAAAGACUGGAAAGAUAACAUACUAUCCAAGAACUCAAAGCUACGACUGUUGUCUGACUGAUGCCUAACCGGGGUUUAUUCUAAAGAAUUCAACCAUAUGUCUCCAGUGAGUGUCCCAUUUUAACAUAACUGUAUGCGGAUUUGGCGUUAGUGUUUCAGGAUUGCAGUUUGGUUUGCUGUCCGGUUCAAAUGAAUCUGACAUUGAAAGGAAUUAAAAGGAUCUAAAAAACUGCUCAGAUGUUCAUCCGGUCGACGGCUUUUGUUUUAAUGAGCACACUUUUAUUCAAACACUAAGAACAUCAAGGCAAAAAGAGCUUAAAGUAGGACGUAUAUUUGUUAGCUUCUGGCCAAAACUCAGCGUUUGCUUCAGACUUUGGACUGUUGAUCUGUCCGUAAAUCAUUCAGAGAUUUCACAGUGACUCAAACGGUGUGUGUUCUUCCAGAUUGUGUAAAUUUCAUCGAACUGUUUAUGCCACCAGAGUUCGUGGAAAAUCACAAAGUUUUCCCAAUAUUUUCCCCUGUUUCUCCACUUUGUACCGAGCGAUGAACUCUUGCAGAUCAAUAAAGACUACAUGUUCACUUCA